GUACGGUUAUACGGGGUUUAUACAACUUUGGAUAAUAUCCGAGUUCACCGAAUAAUAUUAUUUUCGUUAGCAACGACUCGUCAAAAUGUCGAAGGGAACAACAAUAAAAGAUGCUAUCGCCAAGUUUGAGGAAAAGGAAGGCUGCAAAGCAAGUGAAGCUGCACAUGUGGUCAUGUAUGCACAAAUUCCACCAGUAGAAAAGAUGGAUGCAUCACUGUCAACAUUGGCAAAAUGCGAGCAUCUGGCACUUUCCACAAAUUGUAUUGAAAAAAUUGCAAACCUGAACGGUCUCAAAAACUUGAAGAUUUUGUCUUUGGGAAGGAAUAACAUAAAAUCUCUAACUGGAUUGGAAGCUGUAGGUGACACUUUGGAACAACUCUGGAUUUCCUACAACAGAAUAGAAAAGUUAAAAGGUGUAAAUGUUCUUAAAAAGCUCAAGGUUUUGUACAUGUCAAACAAUGAGGUCAAGGACAUGAAUGAGCUCGUAAAACUUGAUGAUUUGCCAUGUUUGGUAGAGCUGGUUUUUACUGGUAAUCCUUUACAGGAAAGUUUUGGUGAUGAUGCCACCUACAGGACAAAAGUUUCUGAAAAGUUGAAAAAGAUUAAAAAGUUGGAUGGUGUUCCAGUUAUCAGAGAAAAUGAUGAUGAUGAACAAUAGUGAUGUUUAAAUAAUAAAAAAACAAAAACAUUUUGUUUUCAUGUCCUUCCAACAGAAAUUUAUUUCAUUUGUGAUGAGAUGCUGUUCUAAUCUGUUGUUUUGAAAUGCUGAGCAGCAAACAUUAAAUGAUGACAUCAUGUACAUCUAUAUCUAUCUUGGCAUUAAAAAAACAACAACAAAAAACAAUAUUUAACAAAAUAAAUCGGUAUUUGAAUUUGAUGAGUUUCUUUAUUGUGGGUGAAAUAUAUCAAUUUAAAAAUGUUGGGAUCAUCAAAAGUGUUAAUAUUAGAAAUAUUUUACUUGUUUAAAGAGAAAAAUGUUAUUGUUUUGAUGUUUAAAUCUUACUUUGUACUUUACUGAAGCUGGAGGAUUUCAUUGAUUUUCACCAAAAAUAUUGAUAUCAAAAAUAUUUCACUUGUAUAAAAUGAAACUGAAUGAUGUUAAUGUCUGAAAUGAACCACACUGAAAGGUGAGGUUGAUUUCUCCAUAAUUAUUACCUAAAUGUUGAUAAACAGUAUUUUACUGCUGUUAAGUUAAAACUGUGCUGGAUUUACUCUUACUUAUGUACAUAUACAUGGAAUAAAGUAAUAUUUUGAGAUAUUAUCUAAUAGUUUGUUAAAUUACAGUCAUUGCAUGAAUGUUAGGUUUUAUACUGAUAUUCUACCUUAAAGUGGGAUUAUUGAUUUUUUUUGUUAUUUGUACUAAGUAUUUUUUUCUUUUAAAAAUGUAUAUAUACAGCUACAGGCAUUUUUGCAACAUGUGUCUAAGUUUUAUAGAUAAGACUUCCCCCAUUAAGUCUUGCUGACAUUGAUAUAUUAUAAAAAGUUAGGUAAAUAUGUAAAGAAUGGAUAUUUUUAUCAUAACAAUGCAUACUUUGUUGUUAAUAUUAUAUAAUAUAUCAUUUUGUUUCUCUGUGCUUGCUUUUUUGCAUUGGUUAAGCAUUUUAAGAGUUGCAGGGAUGUACUGUAAAAAAAAUAAAAAAAAAACAUUAAUAAAAUAUUUUUACAAAUUC